UAAACAGAUUGAUUGUGUUGGAAAACAGAGUCAGUGUGUUUCAGGCACCCGCGCUAUGAAUGUCUUUUGCGAGCUACAGAAAACGAUACUGGUGCAGUUGAAUUUCACGCGGGAUCAAGGCACUUCAGCAAAUGGACCGAGAUGAAGCCUCAAGACCUCUUUUGGGUUCUGACGAGGGCGAGUUGGAGCGCAGCUCUUACCUGGACAAGGUGAAAAAUGGAAAGCUCUACUUGGCCACAUUUGCAGCCAUCCUGGGUCCCCUUAGUUUUGGCUUUGUUCUGGGGUACAGCUCUCCUGCCAUCCCAGACCUGUGUAGGAUCCCUGACCCACGGAUGCGGCUUGACCCAGAGGAAGCUUCCUGGUUUGGGUCGGUGGUGACCAUUGGGGCAGCUCUUGGUGGCCUCUUGGGUGGCGCGGUGGUGGAUAAGAUUGGACGGAAGCUGACCCUCAUGUUCUGCGCCAUGCCAUACAUCUUUGGCUUCACCAUUAUCAUCACUGCCCAGAACCACUGGAUGUUGUAUCUGGGGAGGAUACUCACAGGUUUGGCAAGUGGUGUCACCUCCCUGGUUGUCCCACUCUACAUCUCAGAGAUGUCCCAUGAACGGGUGCGCGGAACAAUGGGCUCCUGUGUCCAGCUCAUGGUGGUAACUGGAAUCAUGGGGGCUUACAUAGCAGGUCUGUUUCUGGGCUGGCGUUGGUUGGCGGUCGUCUCCUCGGUGCCCCCGGCUCUGAUGCUGGUGCUGAUGUGCUUCAUGCCCGAGACGCCUCACUUCCUCCUGUCCCAGGGCAGGCGGGCCGAAGCCCAGGAGGCCCUGCGGUUCCUGCGAGGGCCAGACGCCUCGCCCGAGGAGGAGUGUGCCAGGAUAGAGGGCGCUAUGGAAGACCAGGGAGGCAGUUUGGGGUGGUCGGAUCUCAAGGACCCAGGCAUCUACAAGCCCCUGGCGAUCGGGAUUGUCAUGAUGCUCUUCCAGCAGCUCACGGGCAUCAAUGCCAUCAUGUUUUAUGCAGAGUCCAUUUUCGAAAAGGCCCAUUUCAAGAACAGUGAUGUCGCCACUGUGAUUGUAGCCUCUAUCCAGGUGGUCUUCACAGCCGUGGCAGCUCUGCUGAUGGACAGGGCAGGCAGGAAACUUCUUCUCACCCUGUCAGGUGUUGCUAUGGCCAUCAGUACAGCAUUGUUUGGAGUGUACUUCUGGCUCGCAAGCCCACAACACUCAGGGCAUUGGGUCGCCAUGGAAACACCAGGUCCAAUCAGUCUGGACCCUCAACCUGACCUGGCCUGGCUGGCGUUAGCUAGCAUGGGCCUCUUCAUUACAGGCUUUGCCCUUGGUUGGGGCCCCACACCCUGGCUGGUGAUGUCGGAGAUCUUCCCCACGCGAGCGAGAGGGCUGGGCAGCUCGCUCUGCGUUCUGACCAACUGGAGCUCCGCAUUCAUCGUCACCAAGACCUUCCACAACCUCAUGGAUGCCCUGACCUCUGCUGGAACCUUCUGGCUGUUCUCUGGCAUGUGUGCUCUGAACGUCUUCUUCACGAUCUUCUUUGUGCCCGAGACCAAAGGCAAAUCACUAGAACAGAUCCAGGCCCACUUCAAAGGAGUGCGACACAGCUAGACCUGUGCAAGCAGGAACUGAUGUUUUUUUCUAAAGUGUGUGUGUGUGUGUGUGUGUGUGUGUGUGUGUGUGUGUGUGUGUGUGUGUGUGUGUGUGUGUGUGUGUGUGUGUGUGUGUGUGUGUGUGGGUGGGUGGGUGUGUGUGAGAGACAAAAACAGUAAGAUCGAGUGAAUGUACAUGCAUGUGAAGAGGUAUUGUGAGUGAGUGACUGUGAGGGAGAGAUAGUGAGCUGACACUUUGUAAUGUUAUUAGUUUUCUCUAAUUUCUUUAUUUUGUGCGAUGAUGAUAAUGUUGUUGAUGAUAUAAGCAACUGGGAAGAAACCUAACUCCAAAUAAAAGUGGAGAUCUCAAUGGCA